AUGGGAGACGCGUGCCACCACAGGCGACUGUCCGCGCUGCGCGCCGCGCUCGUCGUCGUCUUCCUGGCCACGGCCGACGCCCUGGCCGGCUUCGGCGCCAAGGCGGUCAAGAAGAAGAAGAAGAAGCCCGCGCUGCGCACGGACCUCCGCAAGGCCGGCACGGUGCUGCCGCUGACGCACCGGCCCGUGCCCGAGGGCAUCAUGCGCCCCGACUACGCCGCCGACGGCACGCCGAAGAAGGUGGACCUCCGGCCGUCGUGGAUGAUCGAGGUGAAGAGCGCCAAGGACGUCGAGAUGAUGCGCGCGGCCGGCAAGGCGGCGCGCGAGGUGCUCGACGCCGCGGGCGCCGCGGUCAAGCCCGGCGUCACGACGGACGCCAUCGACGCCGUCGCCCACGCCGCGGCGGUGGCGCGCGGCGCCUACCCGUCGCCGCUCAACUACCACGGCUUCCCCAAGAGCUGCUGCACGAGUGUCAACGAGGUCAUCUGCCACGGCAUCCCCGACGACGUGCCGCUGAGGGAGGGCGACAUCGUCAACGUCGACAUCACGGUCUACAAGGACGGCUACCACGGCGACUGCUCCGAGAUGUUCUACGUCGGCGCCGUCGACGACCGGUCGAAGGCCCUGGUCGACUGCACGUACGAGUGCUGGCAGAAGGCCAUCGAAUUCUGCGAGCCGGGCCGGCCCUACAAGGAGAUCGGGGGCAUCAUCGAGGACGCCAUCAAGGGCACGGGCUACAAAUCCGUCGAGCAGUUCUGCGGCCACGGCAUCGGCAAGCUCUUCCACACGAACCCGAACAUCCUCCACUAUCGGAACAAAGAUCCGAACGGAAUCAUGGCCGUGGGCCACACCUUCACCAUCGAGCCCAUGAUCUGCGAGGGCACGAUCAACGCCAACCUCUGGAAGGACAACUGGACCGCCGUGACGAAGGACGGCGGACGAAGCGCGCAGUUCGAGCACACGCUGCUCAUCACGGAGGACGGCAUCGAGGCGCUCACGGGCAAGCUCGACGACUCGCCCCUCCAGCCCUGGGAGGAGACGCGCGGGGGCUUCAAGACGAAGUGGGCGAAGUAA